AUGAGCGCGGACGCGGCGGCCGGGGCGCCCCUGCCGCGCCUCUGCUGCCUGGAGAAGGGCCCGAGCGGCUACGGCUUCCACCUGCACGGGGAGAAGGGCCGGACGGGCCAGUUCAUCCGGCUGGUGGAGCCCGGCUCGCCGGCCGAGAAGGCGGGCCUGCGGGCCGGGGACCGGCUGGUGGAGGUGAACGGCGAGAGCGUGGAGCGCGAGACGCACCAGCAGGUGGUGAGCCGCAUCCGCGCCUCGGCGGGCGCCGUGCGCCUGCUCGUGGUGGACCCCGCGGCCGACGAGCGGCUGCAGCAGCUGGGCGCGCAGGCCCGCGGGGAGCUGCUGGGCGCGCGCGAGGCCCCCGGGACCGCCGAGACCCCCGGGACCGCCGAGACCCCGCGGGCCGCCGGCGAGAGUGAGCCCCAGGCCGCGGCGCCCGAGCCGGGCGAGCCCGAGAAGAGCCCUCCGGGGCGGCCUGAGCUUCGGCCCCGACUCUGCAUCAUGAAGAGGGGCGCCAACGGCUACGGCUUCAACCUGCACAGCGACAAGACCAAGCCCGGCCAGUUCAUCAGGGCCGUGGACUCAGACUCACCCGCCGAGGCCUCGGGACUCCGGGCCCAGGACCGCAUCGUGGAGGUGAACGGGGUCUGCAUGGAAGGCAAGCAGCACGGUGACGUGGUGGCCGCCAUCAAGGCCGGAGGGGACGAGGCCAAGCUGCUGGUGGUGGACAAGGAGACAGAUGAGUUCUUCAAGAAGUGCAAAGUGGUCCCGUCUCAGGAGCACGUGAAUGGUCCCCUGCCCGAGCCCUUCACCAACGGGGAGAUCCAGAAGGAGAACAGCCGUGAAACCCUGGCCGAGCCCGCCUCCGAGAGCCCCAGGCCAGCCCUGGCGAGAUCCACCUCCAGUGAUACCAGCGAGGAGCUCAACUCCCAAGACAAGCCCCGGAAACAGGACUCCACGGCAGCCUCAUCUACCUCCUCUUCCUCCGACCCCAUCCUGGACUUCAACAUCCCGCUGGCCGUGGCCAGGGAGAGGGCGCACCAGAAGCGCGGCAACAAGCGGGCCCCGCAGAUGGACUGGAGCAAGAAAAACGAACUCUUCAGCAACCUCUGAGCGCCCCUCCCGCUGCCAGGAAGGCUGGCGGGGACCAGCCCCCGCCCCAUUCUAACCCCCUCUCUCGCCUCCCCACUGACCUCCCAAUCAGCACCAAUCAGCACCAGCCUCUCCUCUCUUGGCAGAUCGUUUUUCUAGAGAACUGUGCCCGUUCCUCGCCUCGGGGAAAGUGACAGUUCUUCCGUCCUGCCCAAUCACCGAAUGCUCCAGUCUGCCUGCUGGGUUGCCCCUUGCGAGCCCGCCUGGGCCACCCCCGGGACCCGCACCCAGCAAGGAUGGCGGGACAGGGAGCGGUGUCUUCCUGUGACCACAGAGGUUGACUGGGCCCAGGGCUCACCAGGGACUGCCGGUGCAGUGUCUCAGCAGACACGGUCGGGUUGUUUUCUGUUGAUUUUUUUUUUUUUUUUAAGAGUGCGCUAUCACUGAGUCGAGGGAGCUUUGUUUCCAUGAUUAACGUGAUUCUCCAGGUGGCUUCAUCCGGGGCCUAGCUAGCCGUAAUCUUGGCCUAAAACUUUUCUUCCAUGUCUACUCCCAUCCCGAGUCAGCCCCGGGCGGCCUGGGUCGGGGCAGGCCCCGUCUGCUCCUGUCUGAGCCAGGCCACCCCACUGUAAAGAACUCCACCUGAAAUUCAACUAGUUUCUCCAUAUGCCUCAGCCUCCGUGUCUUCCUUUAGAGCUGGCCGAGAGAUGGUGACAGGUGCCCCAAGGUGGCCUCUGGCUGAGGGUAGGGUCUAGCUCGAGGGCAAGGAUGGGCUUCCUGUACCCCAGCCUGGGAGGAGGCAGAGGGGGUGCUUUAGCUACAGGGCCUGCCACUGCCCAGUAGCCAGGCCAUUCUGGCCAUCAGGCGCAGGGCCUGCCAGUAGCACGAGCUCCACCUCAGGAUUUACCGGGGAGGUGGGAACCAAGGCCCCCAGGCUCAGAGGGGGCCUGGGAGGUUCCCCUAACACCACUCCAGGUGGAGCUGGAUUUGGAAUGCAAACGAGGGUUGCUACCCAUCUUGCUACCCGCAGGUAGGGGGUGCAGGAUUCCCAGGGGAGGCUUGAGCUGGCACCAGACUAGCUUAUCUGGCCAAGGACCUGAUUGGAGGGUACUUGUUCAGGCUGGUAGGGUAGAUGGCACUUCCCAGGGUAACAUGCCAUGUUCCCACAUCAGAGACACUGGUUCCUGUACCUCUGGCACCUCAAGCCACAUCCUGAGGGCUGCCAGGGCAGGAAAGCAGGUUGGUCCCUGGUUACUCUGUACCAGGAGACCACCAGGAAGCCAGGUUCCUAGGCCUGAGAACACGGAAGGAGGGUGAUAGCACACCUGGGAGAGGAGCCCUCGGGCUUGAGAAGAGGGCUAGUCAUGUCUGGUCAUCUCUGGCCUCUAGUUAGGGCCUGAAUUCCAUCAGCUCAAGAAGACCAUCCAAACCCUUAUCAUGGCACCAAUCACGAGGUCUGGCCCCACCCCUGCCUCUACCCUUUGACCCCUGAUGGAGCAGGCCUCCCACAGGUGAGCAGCUCUGUAGGGUUGUGAAGGGGCCGCUCCCUACCUCACCUGCCAUAGGUAACCGUGCAGCCCUUUGAUUAGGCGGAGGGGACAGGUGUCCUGAGCAGGUGGCUCCCGGGGCUGGGCCGCCCCAGCAAGCGAACAAAUUUUUGUCUUAGAUUCAGUCAUGUUUCAGAUCGUAGAUUUUACAUAUGUAGUUUGGUGCGAGAUGCCAGGAUGGAGGGACUGGGAGCUGAGGCCUCAGCAGGCUCUGGCUCUGUGGCCAAAAAACAGGCCUUGGGCGCACUGCCUCAGCUUAGAUGGGACCACUUCCUCUGUUCACAUACCCUCGCGCCUCCUCCACAACUGGGUUCUGAAACUUGCCUGGCCUUUCUUGAUGGCCACCCCAGACUAUGAUGGAGCUGAGGGGCCACUAGGAGUCAAAUGGGUCCCCCUGGCUAAGGUGGGGAGACUUAGCUCAGCUCCACCUUUGAAGCACCCGCUGCCUUGCAACCUGGCCAUCCCGAACCUGAGCCUCUGGCGCCCCCUCCCGACCAUGUCAGGGACAGCUGCCCCAGAGGGUGGGGCACACCGGUGGCCUUGCCCCCGCCACCACUGGUACAGCUGAGCUGCUUCUCGAAAGGCCCUUGCAGGAAGCUCCAGCUUCAGGCACAGCGGGGAGUCCUCCAGCCACUAGGAGCUGUAUCCCACACUAACUUACUCCCAGAGAAAGGAGCAAGGGCACUCCCACCUUCCAAGCCACCUGUCCAGCCAAGGCCAGGACACUCAUUUCCAAACCUUGGGGUCGCAGCCGGCCUGCUUCAGCUGGACAACAGCAGCCUGAGCUGCCGCCCUAUUCUCACCACGGGCCUGGAAACUGCAGGCCGGGCCUCCUGGUAGCUCCCCUCCCCUCAGGCCCAAUGAGGAAAUCAGGAGAGCCCGCCGUGUGGUGUCAUCUGCUUUACUUGCAGCCAGGGCCUCUGCCCCAGAGUAGCACCUCCAGCCUCCCAGGGGAGAGGGGGUGCUGUCCAUUCACCAGCCCCACCUUGGCCUCCACCUCCAUCCUCCCGCCUCUCACUCACUCCAGGCUCGGAGAGCCCAACCAGGUUGGCCCAGAGGGGCUGGCCGUGGAGUCGCGCAGCCAUGCGUGCAGCCAGCCAGGGAGGCC